GGUCAACUGGCACCCAGAGCCGGCGUUCUCAUCCCUUCGUCCUCAUCGCCUCCGUCCGAUCCGUCCGACCCGUGCGAUCUGCCCGAUCCAUCGGAUCAGUCGGUUCCUGCCAACGGACUUGGAGGUCUUCGCAAAGAAGGCAAGUCCGAAUCCGGCGAAGCGCUUGACCUCGAGUCCUUUGCCUCGACGGCCUCCUCCCAUGCUCCAUCCGGCCAUACAGGCCUGAAUAUGGUCGCGCUACGUAGACUGGCCUCCGCCUCGCCGUCCAGCGCGUCAAUCGAAGCGUUGCCGAGCAGCGCAUCCUCGUCAACCGGGUCUACGGCUGUACUUGCCGCAAUGGCCGCCGCAAUGGCAGUGGCCGCCGCCACGGCUUCUGGCAGUCUUUCGAGCAGCUCGACCGGACUCAGGCUCGAGUCCGGUCAGUUGGCGAAUAGCAUGGCUGGGGCCAAUUCUCUGUCAACGAUGAUGGCCACCACGGCCGCCUUCAAUGAGCUCUUCGCAGCGGCGGGCGCUGGGUCGGCCGGCUGCUCGGCGUCAUUGCCGAGCCUCGGGGCUCUGCUCGGUCUCGGACUAGGGCCCGUCGAGCUGGCGCGUCUGCUGGAGCAACCGGAAGCAGGGCCAGUCUGGCUGAGUCGGGAGUCGGAGGGGUUGAGAGUCCGCAUGACGAAUGAGGACAAACCGACGUGUCAGACCCUCGGACGAAGACCGGCUCUUCGCAGCUCUGUGGCGGGCCCGAUCGAGACCAGCGCCUGCCUACAGGACAGAGUUGGAGCCGGUUUGUCGGGGCAAAGUGACCUCGGAGAGUCGACAGGGGUACCAAUGGUGGCCGAGAUGGGUGUGGCCGGACUGAUGAUGCCAGUGCCAGCAGGCCCCAAUGGACGUGGCUAG